AUGCCCAGCCGUAUGCAUGAGGGCAUGGUGUACUAUUUCGCCUCCAAUCUCAUGCAUCUAUUUUCAGUACCUCUCUCGAAAACAGGUGGUAGGAUGGCCCACAACCUGGAGUGGUCCCCUAGGUUUAAAUUGAAGCCCUCCAUCGGCGACGCGAUCAUACCGGAUGCGUCAUUUCUGUUGGAUUUGGGCGGGUCGCUGCACCUGGUGGCCGGUUUGGACGUUUGUUCCACUCAGAGCGCGCCGAAUGUAACGGAGAAGUGGGCUAGAGCGAUAGACUCCGCAUGCCAGCCCGCUGUGGCCAUAUUCCUGGUAUUCAUACCAGAACAGGCGCACGAUACCCUCCAGACGCCUAUGAGCCACCACUGGCAACGGUGCGAGGCACCGGGGCGUCACUCAAACGCCAUGUUCAGGCUUCUCAAGUGCUCCAAACCUAUGGGCAAGAAAUGGGGCCGGGGACUUAUUGAGGCGCAGCCUCUGGUCAACCCGGACUGGGGCUUCCGCAAACAGCCCACCCGGAACGCUUACGGCUUCAGACCGGGCACCACGCGAGGACGGCGCAAUGAUCCGCCAAUCGGUGAGGUCAGGGUGGGUGGGGCUAGGAUCCAUGGCGGGCAGCGAGCGUACUUCGUCGUCGCCAAUCAUAACAACUACCCCGUCAUCUCCCAAGCUGCAGACGAGAAGUGGCCGCUACCGCGUCUGUGCGAGGAGUUACCUUGCGUGGAGCUUCGCCAUGACAUCGGUCAGGACGGGGUCAGCGGCCUCGCUUCCCCGCAAGCCGUCUCUCAGAUUUCUUGGGAGUUAAAGAAGGUGGUAGAAACAUCGCUCAUUAUGUUCAGAGCGAUUGGGCCGACUCCGGAUGAGCGGCAGUGGGAGAUGCUCAUCGCGGGGCGCAACAGCGUCAUACUCAAUUUCCUCAUGGACCGCCUUCAUGGCUAUCCGCACGACGCUGUCACGCUCGAAGAGGACGAUCCGCUCUUCAUUGUAGCCACGCAAGACCCACGGCUGGUGACGUUGAGUGCGGAAGAGAGCAUCACGGCUAUCUUGCGUGUCGCGCUCAAUCGCCUGCGAGACUUGGUCUCAACGCACGCAGGAGAUAGGUUCAGGGAGAUGGUACAGAGGAACGGCGCUGGCGGCUGGGCUCGGGGGCCAAACGAGAAUCGAUGA